AGAUGUCGUAAAAUAGGCAAACCGAUUUCUGGCAGCAAAACAGCUUCAUAUUUUUGGGGGAGAUAUUUUGUUUAUGAAUAUAUGUGCUAUAUAUUUAAAGAAGAAAGAUACUGCAAUGGAAUAUGAACUAGAUAAGGUACAUAGAAUUAUCAGGAGAAAGAGAGCAGAUUUCUAAACAAAGCAGCUGUUGCUCAGCCGAUAUUGACCAGAUGUCUUUCAGCUGGUCAACAGUAGAACGAGACAGCCCUGGAACGCAGGGCGGUAAACGUACCAAAAUGUCACACCCUAUCACAAGCUGGGAUAUAAACGACUCGCUGGCCGCUGACUUUGAUGGCUCCCUCUCAGGUCUCGGUACAGAGUUAGGAACAGGAACCUACAACAUGAGUGAGGCGUUGCUGGCUCUGCCUGUUUUCAAGCAAGAGAAUCUCGACAAUGGAUUCCAGUACAUUCUUGGAGCCGCUACAUCUCCAGCCGUGAAGAUAAACGAAGAAACAUUAACUUAUCUAAAUCAGGGUCAAUCAUACGAGAUUAAGCUGAAGAAGCUAGGUGACUUGUCCGACAUGCAGGGAAAAUGUCUCCGGAGUGUGGUUAAAGUUUGUUUUCACGAACGAAGACUACAGUAUAUGGAGAAGGAACAGUUGGAGUCGUGGAAGCAGAUUCGGCCUGGAGAGCGAAUCAUGGAUAUAGAUAUUCCUCUAUCGUAUGGUCUUAUGGAAGUGAACCUGGACAGUAUUGAUGGCGGACACUCAGCGGGGGGUCUCAUGGACCCCUCGCAGAACACUGCCCGCCUGAACGGGGCUGAAGUUGUAUGGGACCCGACUAAGGAGGCCGGGGUUUAUAUCCGGGUCAACUGUAUCAGCACAGAGUUCACGGCCAAGAAACAUGGCGGGGAGAAGGGAGUGCCAUUCAGAGUUCAGGUGGAAACGUACGCUAAAGGGGAUGACAACAAACUGUUACACUGCGCAUCGUGUCAGGUCAAGGUGUUCAAGCCUAAAGGUGCUGACAGAAAACACAAGAGAGAUAGAGAAAAAAUGGAAAAAAUGUCUGAAAUAGAAAAAGAGAAGUUUCAGCCGUCCUACGAAUGUACUGUAUUGACAGAAGUUCCUGUGGAGCAAGUGUUAGCAAGCACAGCUACUAUAGGAGUGAAAUCUCCCUCUACAUUCUCAAGUCUGGCCCAGAGCUUUUCUGAACUCAGUGCUACAAGGUCGCCAUCAGUCACAGUCAUUGGUCAUUCUCCGUUGAGGACUGCUGGGCCGUCCUCUGUCACCUCCACACCUAACCACACUGGGGAUAACUCUGGGGAAGGUCUCGCUCUCAUCUCUCACAAUCGUAACUCUUCAGACAGCCCAAUCGACACAUCAUUAUCACCGGGGGCGCUCUCUGCUGAGGCAACAGCCAAUCAGGUUACUGCCUGGUUACAGGCCAAUAGAUUCUUCAACUACAGUCGUGUAUUCCAAAACUUUUCAGGGGCUGAUAUUUUACGACUGUCUCGGGAAGAUCUCAUUCAAAUUUGCGGGAUUGUUGAUGGAAUCCGGCUAAAUAAUGCACUACAAGACAAAGCUGUCCGACCAAGACUGACUAUAUUUGUAUGUCAAGAAAGCGACUCAGUGUACCAUGCCCUGUAUAUGGAGAGUCUCAGUAGUCAUGAGUUGACAUGCAAACUGGCAGCACUUUACAGCGUGGGGCCAGAACAGAUCGCAGAAUUGUACUGUCAGGGGCCAUCAGAAAUCUACAUCCUGGUAACAGACGAGGUCGUGGGGAAUCUGGUGGAUCAGUCAAGGUUUUGUGUGGAAGCCAUCAAGUCUGACACCUCCAAUCAGUACAAGGUUUUGCUGAAAACUAUUCCGUGAUGAUGUACAAGGAUUACUUAAGACCAUUGUUGGUUGUAAAAUGUGACAGUUUUACUGAAAAUCAUGACCUGAUGGCAUUCACUGGAAUUUUAAAGACAAUGUUCUGUUAUAGAAUGUCCCAGUUUUAACAUUCUUGAUGGCAUUUAUGGUGUUAUUAAAGACAACUCCUAUCAUAGAAUGUCCCAGUUUUACUGAAACAUUUUCUGAUGGUACUCCUGGUGUCAUUGAAUGUCCCAGUGUUACUAGAACAUUCUCCAGUGACGUUGGUGGUGUUGCUUCACAUCAUUGGUAUAUAUUGUACAGGGUGUACUGGACAGACAGUUGUUAAAUGUUGUGUGACAGAGAUGGAAGCUGUGUGAUUUAUUAUGUAUAUACUGAUUUGUUUUAAGUACGAGAGUAGUGGCAGCUACUUUGUCAUUGCGGAGAUACCCGUCGUCAUGUUAUUAAUCGUGAUACCUGUCACAGUAUCCAUUGUCUUGUGUCAUCAGUCAAGGUAUCGUAAGUCAAGGUGUCAUGUUAUACAGCAUGGUAUAGUAUGUCUCAUCCUGGUAUAUUUUGUUACCCUUCAGGAUAUCUUGUUACCCUUCAGGAUAUUUUGUUACCCUUCAGGGUGUCUUGUUACCCUUCAGAGUAUCUUGUUGCCCUUCAGGAUAUCUUGUUGCCCUUCAGGGUAUCUUGUUGCCCUUCAGGAUAUCUUGUUGCCCUUCAGAGUAUCUUGUUGCCCUUCAGGGUAUCUUGUUGCCCUUCAGGGUAUCUUGUUACCCUUCAGGGUAUCUUGUUGCCCUUCAGGGUAUCUUGUUGCCCUUCAGGAUAUCUUGUUACCCUUCAGGGUGUCUUGUUACCCUUCAGGGUAUCUUGUUGCCCUUCAGAGUAUCUUGUUACCCUUCAGGGUAUCUUGUUGCCCUUCAGGAUAUCUUGUUACCCUUCAGAGUAUCUUGUUACCCUUCAGGGUAUCUUGUUGCCCUUCAGGGUAUCUUGUUACCCUUCAGAGUAUCUUGUUACCCUUCAGGGUAUCUUGUUACCGUUUAGGAUAUCUUGUUACCCUUCAGGGUAUCUUGUUACCGUUUAGGAUAUCUUGUUACCCUUCAGAGUAUCUUGUUACCCUUCAGAGUAUCUUGUUACCCUUCAGGGUAUCUUGUUGCCCUUCAGGAUAUCUUGUUACCCUUCAGAGUAUCUUGUUACCCUUCAGGGUAUCUUGUUACCCUUCAGAGUAUCUUGUUACCUUUCAGGGUAUCUUGUUACCCUUCAGGGUAUCUUGUUGCCCUUCAGAGUAUCUUGUUACCCUUUAGGAUAUCUUGUUACCCUUCAGGGUAUCUUGUUACCCUUUAGGGUAUCUUGUUACCCUUCAGGGUGUCUUGUUACCCUUCAGGGUAUCUUGUUACCCUUCAGGGUAUCUUGUUACCCUUCAGGGUGUCUUGUUACCCUUCAGGGUAUCUUGUUACCCUUCAGAGUAUCUUGUUACCCUUCAGGGUGUCUUGUUACCCUUCAGGGUAUCUUGUGACCCUUCAGGAUAUCUUGUUACCCUUCAGAGUAUCUUGUUACCCUUCAGGGUGUCUUGUUACCCUUCAGGGUAUCUUGUUACCCUUCAGGGUGUCUUGUUACCCUUCAGGGUAUCUUGUUACCCUUCAGAGUAUCUUGUUACCCUUCAGGGUGUCUUGUUACCCUUCAGGGUGUCUUGUUACCCUUCAGGAUAUCUUGUUACCCUUCGGGGUAUCUUGUUACCCUUCGGGAUAUCUUGUUACCCUUCAGAGUAUCUUGUUACCCUUCAGGGUGUCUUGUUACCCUUCAGGGUAUCUUGUUACCCUUCAGGGUGUCUUGUUACCCUUCAGGGUAUCUUGUUACCCUUCAGAGUAUCUUGUUACCCUUCAGGGUGUCUUGUUACCCUUCAGGGUGUCUUGUUACCCUUCAGGAUAUCUUGUUACCCUUCGGGGUAUCUUGUUACCCUUCGGGAUAUCUUGUUACCCUUCAAGGUAUCUUGUUACCCUUCAGGGUAUCUUGUUACCCUUCGGGGUAUCUUGUUACCCUUCAGGAUAUCUUGUUACCCUUCAGGGUAUCUUGUUACCUUUUAGAGUAUCUUGUUACCCUUCAGGGUAUCUUGUUACCCUUUAGAGUAUCUUGUUACCCUUCAGAGUAUCUUGUUACCCUUCAGAGUAUCUUGUUACCCUUCAGGGUAUCUUGUUACCCUUCAGGGUGUCUUGUUACCCUUCAGGGUAUCUUGUUGCCCUUCAUAUUAUCUUAUGUUACCCGUUAUCUCAUUAAAAUUCAUGUAAUUAUUCCGAAGUUAUUCACUGUAACAGUGUAAUAAUGAUAUGUGCUGUAUGGUCCUUUUAGGACAAUUAACAAGGAGACAUUCAGGGCUUCACUUUGUUAGGACUUUGUGACAAUGUAUAUUGAAUGUCAAGCUGUUGGUGAAACAGACUGUUGUUGUAGACAGGUAGCUCUCAGGUCCAGAUUUCAGUAAAGUCCUGUCAUUUGUAAAUUUUGUUUUCUGUUCUUUAGUUACCUGUUACUAAGAUGCACCCCUAGCUGUACCUAUAAGCAAGCAAGAGUAGAUUGGAGGAUGACAAUAUAAUGUCCAGAGAUAAUCUCACAUUAGAUUUUUCUGUUGUAAUUUUGUUUAUGUGGUGAAUGCUGACACCUUAUAUUUGAUUCAGCUCAAUUAUUAACUAUUUCAGAUGACCAUUUUCAUGUUAAACCUCUCUAUGAUUUUGUUUAUCACCAUAAAACAAGAUAAAGUUCAUAAUUCCUUAUGGAUUUAUCUUUAUUUAUUUCCAGUUAAAUCUGCUGAGUUAUGGCUACAAUUCAUAUUAAAGUUAAGUAUACGAUAAUAUAAAAUGUGAACCAACCCUGCAUGCACAGAGUUAAGUGAAUGACCUUGACCUACUCUCAAGAUCUCGGGGUUCAAAUCUUUAAACAACUUCUUCUCCAUAACUAAGAGACCCUGAGGGUCAUAAUAUUGGGCCAGUAGCAUGCCGGGAUGAAGGGCUGCCAGUUUGUUCAAAUGAAUGUCCUUGACCUACAUUCAAGGCUACAGGAUGUGUUAAAUGUUUGUUUAAAAGCAAAACAUCAUCUAUCAGUGUACAGAUAGAGAACCGUUAAGGCCCCUAGGCCUCUUGUUGUCCCAAGUUGACUGUUAGUGGGGAGAUGUGAUUUUACCCAGCCUUUUUCUUUUCCUUCACAGCAGCAACCAGUAUAUUUGAUAGACUAUGGGGUUCUGAUGCAUGGCUUUGAUAAUCAGUCGGCCAUUGUUCAAAAAAAAAAGUUUGCACAUGCAUGCAGGACAUAUUUGAUGCAGCUCAUUUACAUAUAGAGUGGAACUGCGGUAUUGAUUCUCACAUUAUUUCAUCAUUAAGGUAUAUAUUCUAUCAUUUAACAUAUUUUUGUUAUUUUGUCAUAAUUCAUACGUUAAAAAAAAAACAUGGAGAGGCUUUAAAUGAUAUGUACUGUACAAGUGAAAAUGUUUAUUCUUGCAGAUUUUUGUUUUUGUUGGGAAAAUCUUCUCUUUUUUGUUGGAAAAUGUCUGUAAUACAAAGAGGAUAUGUAGGGCUUUUCCAGUAAAAUAUCUUUACAAAUAAAAAUUUAAUUGAUACAGUACAAAUUUAAAGUAAUCAUGUAAUAAGCUGCAUUUUCUCCAGCUCCUGACAGGCAUAGAAUUUCUUUAUUUAUGGAGUCCUCUUGUAUCGUAUACAUUUUACUGGAAUAGCCCCCAACUGUUCCCCUUGUAUCCUAUACAUUUUACUGGAAUAGCCCCCAACUGUUCCCCUUGUAUCCUAUACAUUUUACUGGAAUAGCCCCCAACUGUUCCCCUUGUAUCCUAUACAUUUUACUGGAAUAGCCCCCAACUGUUCCCCUCGAAUAUGAUAUAUACUCUAUGAGUAUGGAAUAUUCUGUCCUAAGAGUGACAUGUCUAUUUUGAAUAUAAAUGAUUAAUUUUC